CUGACCAUUUGGAAACUCGGGCACUGCCCGAGGGCUCGGGGUCAGUAGGGGGCCCAUGAGAUGCCCCUGGUACCUUUUUCAUAGGCUUUUUUGUAUUUGGGCAAGGACACAGGGGGCCCAUGAUCCCCAAUUGCCCGGGGGGCCCCAUAAGUUGUCAAUCCGCCCCUGGCUGUGUCCAAUCACAGCAUUGGUUCCCAUCUGUAUCACACCAAUGCCACAUAUCAGUGCCCAUCUGAGCUGCCUUUCAGUG